AUGACGUUGUCACGCGGUCUGCCCCGGUCCAAUUCUUGCAAGACGCACGCAAAAGCGCGCCUCCAGGAGACUCUCACGCCCGAGCUGCUCGAGAAGCUCCGCCGAUUUUGGUUCAAGCACUUGAAGACAGAUGAAGCCUAUAUACUGCCGCAGAAGAGCCAGAUGGGACGAUGGUUCUUCUCUGACGCCGACUUUGACGAAGUCUGUGUGCCUUUCACACCUCUGCAAUGGCUAAGUCUCGUCCUCCUUCUGGAUCAAGUGCCGCGAAACAUCUACCGAGGCUCGGAGUCAUCCAUCGUUUUCAAGUUUUUCGAUCCCAUAGCCCAUGAGAUCGCCCAGCAUGCCAUCAACGCCGGCGCGCCAACCCAUAACAGAACUAAAUACCGCGUCGCCUAUCGCAUGUGGUUUUAUCUCCCUUUCAUGCACUCUGAGGAUUUGGCACUACAUGACUUUGCCAUUGAGCAGUAUCAGCAAAUGAAGGACGAUUUUGAUGAGCUCCUGGCUGACGAUGGAUCGGCCGGGUCCGACGACCAGCGGAAAUGCUGGGGAGUCUUGGCGGUGCAGAAGGAAUCUGCCAAAGACUUGCUGGAAACGAACUACGACUUUGAGAUGAAGCAUCGGGACAUCAUUGUACAAUUCGGAAGGUACCCUCACAGAAAUAUGGCUAUGGGCCGAUCUUCGACGCCGGAAGAGAUAGAUUAUCUCGAGAAUGGUGGUGAGACUUUCGGCCGUAGCAAGUGA